ACCAUAAAAGUGAGAAAUAUUGCCGACCCAUUUUGAGUUUUUGCCUCAAUCCUCUUCUAGAUGUGUAUUUUUAUCAGCCAGAAGCUCCUUGUUUCUGUGUGCAGUUUAGCAAACUUAUAGUGGUUUAUUGCAGUUAUAAUAUGUUCUUUUGUUAGUGCAUGUUAGCAUGUGAGUUUUGGGUAAAAUGAUUGAUAGUACGUAUGCCAAAAAUAUAUAUAUAUAUGUAAUUGUGUACAAGUAUAUGGCUUAGUUUAUGCUGCGGGGUUAUAUAUAUUUAUAUAGUAGGAAAAAGAAAAAGCUCUGCAGUUUUUAUAAUCAUGCUUCAUGAUUUGAGAAUGUGAUUUUCAGAGAAAAGAGAGCUUUUUGGAUAGGUAUUAGCAAGUGGCAUAAGGAGUGUGCUACUGGAUUCUUGUUAUUUGGCAGAUAAAGUUAGGAAUGUUUAUGUUGUUUAUGAAGUAUAUUUGUGGCAUGAGUAUAGUGUUUCUGGGUUUUUGUUAUUUGGCAGAAUACAGUUAGGAAUGUUUAUGUUGUUUGUGAAUAUAUUUGCUAAAAUGAAGAAGUGAGUUUGAUGUUUCUUUUGAGUUUCAUUGUUCUUGGGCUUGACAAGAUUAGGACUAGUCGGAGUAGCUCUUAUGACUGAGCUUGUCACUCGCUUUCCUGACUUCUUCUUGUAGCAGUUUCUUGAAAGUGAUUUCAAGUUAUUUAUGCUAACUUUGUUCUUCUGAUAAGUCUUUUUGGGUAUUUUGAGUAGAUUUGAUGUGAUUAGGUUAUAGAAAGAUGAAAUCUUUGAGUAGUGUAGGACUUGGUUUGAGUAUAGUUUUUGCUUGUCUUUUACUAGCGCUUGUUGCUGAGCUUUACUACUUGUUAUGGUGGAAGAGAAGAAUUACUAACAGAGAGAUUGGAGAUGAUUAUAGUAGCCCAGCACGAGAGCUUUUCUAUAUGUUCUGUUUGAAAAAACCAUCUUCUUUGAGGCACUCUCAAGAACUAUGUUCUUCAGUAAGAAUAACAGAUACUCUUGUCCACCAUGAGGAAGAUUCUGAGCUUAAUUUAAACACAAGCAAAGAUUUUUUGUUCAAGCCUUUUGGUGAUGAUCCUGUGGAGACAGAGCUGAUGAGAUUGAAUAGUAUUUCAGGUCCACCAAGAUUUCUCUUCACAAUUAUUGAAGAAACAAAGGAGGAUUUAGAAUCUGAAGAUGGCAAGUCUAGAGCUGAUAAUAAAGGGUCAAGAAGUAGAAGUUUGAGUGAUUUGAUUCUCAAUAUGGAGACUCCUUAUCUAACCCCACUUGCUUCUCCCCCAUUUUUCACUCCUCCACUUACUCCUAUGGACUCGAAUUACAGCCAGAGUAGAUUCCACCAUCUCUUUGAAUCAGUAGCAGAUGCAGAGUUUAACAAGAUAAGGUCAUCACCACCUCCAAGAUUCAAGUUCUUACAGGAUGCAGAGGAGAAACUCCUCAGAAAAAAAGUAAUGCAAGAAGCAGAAAACAAGGUUCAAAAGAAUGAUGGAUUUCCUCACGAUUAUGGAAAUAAGCCUACUAGUUCAAAAUUCAUAAAAGAUGAAGAUGAUGGGCCUUUUAUUACCAUCAUUGUUGAUAGGAACAAAGAAAGAGAGCUUAAUCAUCAAAAUCACCAACAUCCACAGUUCCAUUCAAGCACUUCUUCGCAGGUACUUCCUCUUGCUUCUUCACCUUCAAGUUUCACAUCAGCAAACAAGAAAAAUCCCAUUUUCGACAAGGAUUAUGCUUCAUGAUCAAUUAAAAGAAAUAUGGGACUUGUUUUCUUUCUUUCUUUUUUUUUCUUUAAUUAUAUUAGAAGUUAAUUAGUUUUGUUUUUAGGAUUUUUUUCUUUUUCUUUUUUUGUUUAAUAUAUUUUGGAGGUGUUUCUGAGGAUGGCAUUGAAAGGUUAAUGUUGAAAAAAACCUUGUGCAAUGUUAUGUCAAAAAAAUUUCAAGUGGAAGAGGGAGACAACAACAUUCUCUGCAUUAUAAUUGUUGCAAUGUGGCAACUGCAAGUGGUAGACUAGUGGGGUAACUUGUUUUAUGCAAUCUCCAUGUCUGCCUGAGCUGUCUUAUACAUGUAAUCAUUCUGGUGAGUGAUGGUACUACUGCUGUUUGCCUGUUUUUGUCCACGAAACAAGCACUGUAAAAAAGAAAGGGAAAAAAAAGAAAAGAAAAAAGAACAGGAGAAAAGAAAUAGAUGGAUUUCUUUCAAGACAAGUGCAACUUACUUUCUUUUCUUUCUUUCCUUUCAAUUCAAUGCUUUGUUUCUUUCGUCU